AUGGACUUCGUGUCCAACCUUACUGCAACUCCGGUACAGAAGCGGUUGGAAACUUUCUACCGUUCACCACUGCCAAAUGAUCUUCAGUUGUCGCUGUCAAAUUCACCGCUGAAAUUAGCCGAAGCAGGGUUUAUGAGACCACAAGAGCCUACAUCUGAUGAAGUUACGUGUUCGUACUGUGGAGCAGAGUACAUGGGAUGGUGUGGGGAGUCCCCACAAGCCGUUCAUCGGGUCCUAAAUCCAAAGUGCCCAUACAUGAACACCCCUCCUUCUUCAACUUCAACCUCCCCAUUGAUUGAGAGCGAUCCUGACAACCACAGAUCAAGAAUAGAAAGUCUUAGACGGCAGCUUUUUCCAGACUCCCGUAGAUCGUCCUCCAACAUUUUAGCUGAUAUUCAACAUCCAUUCAAACCGAAACAUGGAGACUAUUUGAUGCUUUUUGAGAGUCACAGAUUACUUACUUACAAUGAUCCAGGUUCGGAAAAUGCAGCAGUGUACGCAAAAGAUGGAUUCAUCUUCAAAAUUGAUUCUGGGAAAGUGGUGUGCGUUUAUUGUGACUUGGAGCUUGAUUUUAUCAUUAGAGACAGUCCUAGUCUCCGAUCUGUACAUGGAGAAAAAUCUCUCAGUUGUCCGUUCGUCAAACUGUAUGAUGUCGGAAAUGUUUCUCAUGAACUGGAACGAAAGAUUCGGGAUAAAAUUAGGUCACGGUACCUAAACGAUGAUUCACAGAGUUCUGAGGCUAGCAGUGUUCAUUAUUCUAUCAAACAUCCAGAGUUUGAGGAUGUGGAAGUAAGAGAAGGCACUUACAAUAAUUGGCUGAAGUACCUUGCACGAUCUCUUACUCCUGCUAAAAUGGCGGAAUGUGGAUUUUAUUACACAGAACAAGACUCCGCAGCAGCAGCUUCAGCGCCCGACAGCUCAGCAGCCCAGCCCUCCAGCACCUCGUCAUCAUCAUCAUCUAUGCCGUCUUCUUUGUCAACAUCGUCAUCAUCUCUGUCGUCGUCAUCAACAGCAUCACCCGCAGCAGCAUCAGCAGCAGCAACGUCAUCAGCAGCAGCAUCUCCCGGGUCCCCUAACCUGGACCUGGAGGCCAUCAAAGCAGCGACCGCAUGUGGACUUUAUCCCAACAAGGAUCUUCUCCUGGGAACUCUGAAGGCAGCAGACGAGAACUACAAGCAACUCUGUGACCAGAGACAGGAGAUUGAGGACACUAAGGCAGCAUGUAAGAAUAAAGACGCUGAAUUACAGGAGACCAAGGCUGAGAAAGCAACGAGGGAAGCAGUUCUCCAGCAGGAGAUUCUGGCCAGGGAGAGAGAGUUGCAGGCCACAAGGACAGAGUUGCAGCGCAGAGGUGUGGAAGGCAGGUCAGAUUUGGAGCAGCAGAUUCAGCACCAUCGUGAGGUCAUUGAACAGAAAAACCAGGCUUUAGAACAGAACCGUCAGGUGAUAGAACAGAAGGAUCAGGCUCUAGAUCAGAAAGACCAGGUAAUAGAACUAAAGAACAAAGAAGUGGAGGACUUACAUCGUCACAUCAGAUCUCUCAUGGCAGCUCUACAGCACAAGGAACCUCUCUCUGCCAGCAGUGAUGACGAGACAUCCUCGUCUGACGGAGAACACAGCACCCUCAGCUCGGACAGCGCGGACAGCGGCAGCAGCUCUGACGUGGUCACAGAAGAGUUCCCCGUGGCCAGCUGCAAGGUGUGCCUGGUGCGGUCCUCCCAGUACGUCUUCCUGCCCUGCAAGCACAUGUGCUGCUGCGAGGUGUGCGCCCAGCGUCUGCGCGGGAAGAACUGCCCGAUCUGCCGCGGUACCACCGUCGACGUGGAGCGGAUCUACAUCGUGUGA